AUGAAAGCCCAGUCCUUUGACAGCCCGCUGUUGACAAUAUCAAAAUGGUCUCACGCAAGUAAGCGGAAAACCAACUGGCCUGCGAAAUUCGGCGUGCUGGUUGUGUGUGUGCUGGUAUGGACAUUUGGCUCACGCAUAUACCCUUCGAGCAACAACAACAACAACGACAACGAAAACAACAUUCCCGGCGAAGAAGACGCAAAUGAUGGAAACGACCUUUUCCAAUGGAGAGACAUCGUGCCGAGCACAUCCCUCGAAUACAAGCCCUGCUUCUCGUCGUCGUUUCUCUGCGCGCGACUCUCAGUCCCGUUGAACUGGAACUCGACCAAAGACGACGACUCGCGGGCUGCAGUGGCCGUGAUCAAACUACCGGCCAAAGUGCCCGUGACGGAUCCCCGGUACGGCGGCGCAAUCAUCGUCAAUCCGGGUGGGCCUGGCGAGUCGGGCGUUUAUCAGGUGCUUUCGGAUGGCGAGAGCCUGCAGGCGCUCGUCGACAGCCCGGUGCUGCCCACUAGCAAUUCAAGCGCUGCAGCACAGGGGAAAUACUUUGAUAUCCUGUCGAUUGACCCGCGCGGUGUCAACAAUACCACUCCCCAUCUGCGAUGUUUCCCGGAUGCCUUCCAUCAGCAGGUCUGGCAGCUGCUGUCGCCAGACUACGGGCUGCUCUGGCACAGCGAGAGCAUCAUCGGCAUGGAAUGGGGCCGAGCAGCGGCGCUUGGGGCGAGUUGCGAGUAUGGCAAAGAUGAAGACGGUCUGCAAAUUGUCCCGUACCUGAACACCGCGCAGACCGUGCAAGACAUGGCCCAACUCAUCGAAAAGGAAGGUGAAUGGCGUGAACAAGAGGCGAGGAGAAUAUUGAGCGCCGGUCCCCGGACGAGCACAGAAGACGAAGACGAGAUCAUGAACCGGGUGCAGUACCGACCCGGGCAAGAAAAGAUACAGUAUUGGGGCAUGAGCUACGGAACCAUCCUCGGAGCCACGUUCGCUGCGAUGCACCCAGACCGCGUCGGGCGACUGAUCCUCGACGGAGUAGUCGACCCAGCAGACCACUAUGCCGGCCGGUGGCUCACACAGCUGCAAGACUCAGACAAGAUCGUAUCCCAGUUCUGCGCCUACUGCUUCGAGGCCGGGCCGACCAAGUGUCCCUUUUACACGGGCUCAUCGCCCGCCGAUGUCGAGGCGCGCUUUACCUCGAUCCUGUUCCAUCUCAAGGAAAACCCCAUUGCCGUGGUGCCGCUGGACGACACAACCGGCCCUGAAAUGGUCACGUACAACGAUGUGCAUCUCCGGCUCCUGUCCGGGCUAUACUUCCCCUUCACCAUGGCCGAGAACUUCUUCACCCUGCUGCUUGCCCUAGAAAGCCGCAACUCGUCCUCGCGAGACCUGGCCACCAUGGUCACGGGCAAACAAGCACUGCUCACCCCGCUCGGCUGCCAGCAAGAAGGCAGCGAAUCACCCAUCCUCGACAUCCCCUACGUCUCUGGCGUCGGGGCCUUCCAGUCAAUCUCCUGCAUGGACAUUGGUGGAUCCCUGAACCUGACGCGGCCCGAGUUCCGUGCAUAUCUCGACGAGCUGCUGGGCCAGAGCCGAUGGAUCGGACCCAGUUGGGCACGCAACAAGCUAGCAUGCGAAGGCUUCACGGCGAGGCCCGCGUGGAAGCCCGAGCUGACGUUUGAGACGCAGGAAUGGGCGAACACGUCGCAUGGCUUGCUGAUCAUUGGCAACACGCACGACACGGUGACGCCGCUGCGCAACGCGCGCCGCGUAUCGACGCUGUUUCCGGGCAGUGUGGUGCUGCACCAGGACUCCGAGGGCCACUGCUCGCACUCGAGCCCGUCCAUCUGCACGGCGAAGCGCAUCCGGCAGUAUUUCCACUCGGGCGAGCUACCUGACGAGGGCACUGUCUGUGAGCCCGAGGUGCGGCCGUUCCUGGGCUGUGUGUCUGGCGCUGGUGGUGAAGGGAACAAGUGUGACUAUGCGGACAGUUGGGAUGCGCAGUUGUGGAAGGCACUGGUCGAGCUGGCGGACCCGUUCAGGCUGCAGAUUGACGCCGCACGCGUGACGUCCUGGUUGCCGGCGGGCUAUCCUACGCGGAAUUAA